UAAACUUCACUCACAAUCACUCACAAGUGCCCCCAAAAUCCUCCGCCGAGCUAGGGUUUCCCGUCGCCGAGCCGAGCUGCGCCGGGAUGGGCGGCGCCGGCGAGCGCGAGACGCGCGUGCUCCCUCUCCCUGAACCCGAGCCUGACCAUCCUGAAAUGUCCUCGCUGCCGAUCCCCGACGAGCUGCUGGGGGAAAUCUUCCUGCGCCUGCCCACCCACGCCGAUCUCGUGCGCGCCUCGGCGGCCUGCGUCUCCUUCCGCCGCGUCGCCACCGGGCGCUCCUUCCUCCGGCGGUACCGCAAGACCCACGCCCCGCCGCUCAUCGGCUUCGUCAGCGGACUCCUCAACUUCUACCCGGCCGAGCGGCCUCACCCCUCCGCGCGGGUCGCCAGAGCCGUCGCCCGGGCCGGCGACUUCACAUUCUCCUUCCUCCCCGCCCCAACCCCCUCCCGCCACUGGGCGGUCCAGGACGUCAGCGACGGCCGCGUGCUCGUCGGCUGUUGCGACCUCGAGAGCCAAACCGACGUCACGGAGAUGGUGAUCUGCGACCCCUUGCACCGCCGGUACCUCGUGCUCCCGCCCAUACCCGAUGACCUAGCCUCUGCCGUGGAUUCUCCACGCCAGCGUGGCUGCGAGGCGUUUCUCCUCCCCAGCAACUGCGGCGAGGAGGAGGAGGAGGAGGAGGAGACCUCAUUCAGGGUGAUCUGGAUGGUGCAGUGCGCGACCAACCUAGUAGCCUUUGUGUUCUCUUCCUGCACCAGACAAUGGCAGGCCGUUCCGUCGCGGAGUUUCACCGGUUUGAUUGAUGGCUUGCCAACGACCACAUGGAUGCCUAUCUUCACCCGCCGCCAGUACGCGCACGGCUGCUUCUACUGGGUUACAAAUUGGAGUGAAAAAUUACUUGUGCUUGACGCCAGGAGGAUGGAGUUCUCCAUGGCUGACCGCCCAGCUGGGGUCGGAUGUUCCCGUUUGGUAGAGAUAGCCAUUAUGGAGGCUGGGGAAGGCAUCACUGCGAUGUUUGAACUUGAACGUGACUCACCUCACAUAUAUUACCUCAGUUAUAUCCUUGGGCGGAACAAUGGUGGGAGUCCCAGCCAGUGGACCCAAAAGCAGACGAUCUUGUCACUGGGUUCUGGGUCCACGUUCGUGGGUUCAGCCGGGAGGCACUUGUUCAUAGAGCACAAUGGAGCCACAGGGCAAUUGUUUGAUGCAGGCUGUUUCGCGCGAGGGAUGAAGACAUUUCAGCUCCAGAGGUUGUGUGUUUCGGAGAACAGCAUCUCCCAGCCACGCGCAUAUAGCAACUUUCCUCCGUCGUUGUCAUCACCGAGACUGUCAACUGGUAUUGAGGAGGAGAUGCUGGGGCAAGGCUUGGAGUUGCUGCGAACUGAAGAACCCAAAAAUGGUAAUCAUAGUGACAGUACUGCUGAUGAUGUGGAUGCUGGAGGCCAGGCUGGUGCGUCGAGGAAUUUGGAGAUGGCGGCGAUUGAGGUUGUGCUGCAAAACAAAUACAAGUUGCCCACAGGUUGGUCUGUGUAAGGUGCCUCCCGGCUCUGUGAUAUGGUCAUCUGGAAUUAACCUGAGAGUGUUUAUCUUGUGGCUCUGUCGUCUGUAAUAUGGUCGAGUGUGUAUCUCGUGCCUCUGUGUUCUGUUAUAUGGUCAUCUAGAAUUAACCUGGACUAGGACCUGGAGUGUGUAUCUUGUGCCUCUGUGGUCUGUAAUAUGGCCUGUAUGUAACCUGGAGUGUGGGUCUUGUGGCUCUGUGUAAUAAGGCAUCGAGAGCAUUGAACGACCCUCAUGUUUAGUGUCUGCACUAUCAGUUGGUUAAUUAAGAAGACUCUGUAAUAAGUCAAAGUUGCGAC